GUGGAUUGAAGAAAAAUGGAGUCGCUUCGCCCUGAUCGAACCCUUUUAAAUCCUAGUUUUGAAGGCUACAAACUUUCUAUUGACGCUUUGAAUGUCUCUUCUACAACCUUGCCGUCUGCAGUAACUGAGGUACCCAUAGGAGACGAACUUUUGAUUUCAUUUCAGCACAUGCGAGCCUUUGGAAAUUUGAAUCACUUGGUGUUUGAUUCAUGGACUGAUGGCGGGAAAAAUGAGGCUGUUUAUUUUGUGAAUGAAAAUUAUGAAGUGCAAAGAGCCGCGGUCAAAGUAAGGUUUUGUUUGGUAUUGUUUACAAAAAAAGAAUACCCUUAAAAGUUAAGGUAUCAUACCGUAUAUUUGUGAAAUAUGAUGUGCACCUGAAUCAGUGCACGUGCUGUUCUUAUAAUUUGUUUGUUUAAGGCCUCGUUUGUAUGGAGGAAAUCGUCCCUGGUAGAUGGGAAGGGCCACCCUCCCAGCCUAGUCAACUUCACCGAUCGUUUGUAUCAGAAAAAAGGUGACCUUUUUUCCCCAAGUGCUAACAUAUGUGGUUGCUCAUGCUAUGAUUGCCUUGAUCGCUUUAACUGAGUUAACCUGACUGGGGGAGCCAAAGGAGAAAAGUUGGCUUGGUUAGGAGGGUGACCUUCACCAUCACAAAAGAAUGACCUGACCAGGUGUGUCACCCUACUAGCCAAGCCAACUCGUUCUUUUUGUAAGGAAAUGUAUCAAAAGUUGGCUCGGCCACGGUAGCUCUGGGGUGCUUACCAUUUGACAGAAAAUUUUGGAAAUUCUGGAUGGAAGGUAAAUGGUAAGGUCACUUUUCGGAAAUUACAACCGAAAAUUGAGGAGUACGUUUUGAGGUAGUCCUUUCAUUCCGGUUGGUACGCACCAAACGGAAUGUUGUUUAUCAUUAACCAAUUUCUCGGUUCCUUCCUGCUUCCAGACUCACGCUACCCAAAUUCGCCCUUUUUUGGAUUCAAACCGUAAUGGAUGUGGCAUAUCUACAGUAAACUAGUAAAUCGCUUACCAUUAUGCUUUCAACACCCCAACCGGUUUUUUCUGUCAAAUGAUAAGAACCCCUGGUAGGUAUGUGACCUGUCUACCUGUAACAACUUUUCUCCAUAGAAAUGGGACCUUAGAUCACCCAGUCAGUAAUCCAUCAUUUUACAAACCAAUAACAUGACUGAGAAGCGACGCAAAUGCUUUCAGACACCCUAAACACUGUGCAAGAGAGAAACCUCUGCUCGAAAGUGGAAAAAUAUUUGAUGAGGAGUUACUUAGCUUUGAAGUCCCUACCAUCUUUCCCUGAUUACCCAUCCUGCACUCUGCAAGAGGUGUGAACUGAUCUAUACCCAAGGGAUAAAGUUCCCUGUUCUCACUGCUCUUGUCCUGAAAUGAUUGAUUUGUAAUAAUAUUGAUUCACUAGAGGGUAUUCUCUUGUAUCCUCAAUUUUGUGUAGGACAAAGAGAUUUCAUCUGUGGAUACAGUAUUCAAAAUUCCAACUACGGAGAAAGUUAAAGGAAGCUUGAACACAACACUGUUUUUUCCAUCACCCUCCCUAGCUUGCUUAUCAGAUGGGUGUGGGAAGCUGUUCUUGCUUCAAACAGAUGGCAGAACAAAGGAAGACUCUCAGAAUGUGUCUUGGAAAGUAGCAAUGGUGUAUCAAUUCAAUCGUCCAUCACUUAUCCUUCACACCAUUCAUUGUAAAGAAACAGGAUCUGUAAGCUGUUUGCUAUUGAGUAUCACUGACAAUGAUGCUUCCACCUCAGUCAAAGAUACCCAUGUUGUUCAUUUGGAGUUGAUUACAUUCUCUCAAGUGAAGUGUUUGUCAUCAGGGUCCAUCAAUUACAUCUGUGAGGAGAUACAACAUUUCACAGGUUACACUGCACCCAUGUAUGCUGCUAUUGAGCCUGGUUGUACUGCCAUCUUGGUGGCUAGUGAAAAGCCUUUCUCCCUCGUAAAAGGUAUUGUCAGACGUUUGUAUUAUUCGGAGCAGAAAAAUACUCUAAAACAACUUGCCCACUGGGCUAGUCACUUUGAAUUUUUCCUUGCCCCUACCUAAAUUCUACUUGCCUUAUUGCUGUAGCCUUACUGUGAAUCAGAUUAGGUGAUUCUAAAAAAUUUCCAUACCAUACUGCUAACAGCUUUCUUUUCAGAAUUUCCAGGACUAUCGGGUGUUCCUUAAACUGGAAAUUUGGAAGCAUGGAGAUACUUAUGACUGGAAUUCUGAAGUCAUUAAGGGUGGGGGGGGGGCGGUAGGGUUAGUAUCUGGAAUUUCCUCAAGGGAUGGACAAAGGUGUACUCCUUGAAAACGCUUACUUCAUGGACUUAAUCAGUUCACAAAUAAGAUUUUGUGAAAAUUUUUGGACUCUUUAGUAAGGAAAGUGUAUCAUCUUUUCAAAAUCUUUCAGCUUAUGAAGAACUGCCUCCAGCUCAAGACGUUGAAGAGAAAGCAAAUAAUAAGGAAAACAAUUCAAGGAUCCAGGCAUACAAGUGGUCACAGGAUAAUGAAGACGUAACCCUGAAAUUUGAAGUCCCUGAUGGGACUACAAAAGAAUCAAUAGUCUGUGAAAUAAAGACUGAUUCCAUGAGUAUUCGGAUAGGUGAAGAUAUCUUGUUAAGUGGUAUGCUAUUUGCAAAGGUGAAAUCCGAGGAAAGCACAUGGACUUUGGACAAGAACAGGUACUAGGGGCUUUUGACAUUAUUUCUUUGUCUUUUUACUGUAUGAGCUUAAUAUAGCUUUGCACUUUGAGAGUGUGUAUGUUUGUAACAACUUUUCAGUCAGUGUAUUACCUUUGGUGUUUUAGGUAAGCUUGACACUGUAUUUCAAAAAGGUGUGUCUCACUGUAGCAUUCUUUUCAGUUUUGAAACCAUUAGUUUCUUGAAUCCCCUGAUCAUUAAGUAGCCUAUACAGUGUUGAAUGUUUCUCUUUUACUGACCCUUUGGAUUUUGUGAGAUUUUAGUCACAACCUUUUUUGUGCUGCUAUUAGUUUGGAGGUAGUCCUUGUGAAACAAGCUGGGGAGCAUCACUGGAGCAGUGUUGUUAAGGGUGAUGACAGAGGAGAGUAUGUGCUGAUUGGAGAAGAAGCAGAGAGGGUGAAAGAGAUUCACAGCCGGCUGGAGCACCUUACAUCUGAUAAACUGGUAACUAAUAGUAUUGGCUGUUUUCAAACUGAGAGUGGCUGGGAUUACCAACAUGAGACCCACAUAGCAGAAAGAGCUAGUGACACCAAGCUUUACAAAAUACUCAAGUUUGGUAAUAAUUGGGUCAAUAAUUAGCCUGAAAUUCAUCCAAUUGCUUUGAUUCGUUUUCUCCUCUCAACAACGUCUGAAUCGACCGGCCGUUAAUGCCGUCCAGUGAUGUCAGUCACUACCCGUAAACGGGGUAGUGAUUUUGAUUGGUUGAUUGUCUAAACAUUUGCAUAAUUAUAUAUAAUUAUGAACAAUUUUAGCAGGAUUGUCGCUUGGUAUUCAGCGGAUUGCAUCCCUGGUAUUCUUUUGUUUAGCUUAAGGUAUCAUCCAGGGUAAAAACGCAUCAUUUUUCGAAAUUUUCAAUUUUUAGAUGAUUAAGUAGAGCUCAUCAAGAGCUUUCUUUUAAAAAGAAUUCCAGAAAAAAAUGUUUUUUCUGUGCAGACUUAUGGAGCGCAAAAGUUUUUUCUAUGCUAAUUAUUUUAAUUGAUCGUUGACAAGUCCUGUCAUAGCUAAUCACACAAUUUGACAGAAAUCGUGGUCUACAAGUAUAGUGCUUACAGUCUUUUUCUGGAUUUUGGAAGUGAAUGCCUCCAAAGAAGAAAAAAGAGCUUGUCCGUUCUCGUCCUUGACUCCUAGUUGAAAGAAGACGACAAAAUCGUUUUGCAAAGUGUGGGUUUCACAAUUAGCAGAGAGUGACAUGGGCUCCUACUACAAUCAAGAAAAAUGGCUAAAAGAUGACAAAGCUUCUGAAAAACCCAUUGAAACUACCACGAAAUUGAUUUUCAUGAGUUUCUUAGCGAGCGGAGCGAGCUUUUUAGGUCGCGAAGCGGCCAAGCAAGCAACAAAUUCGCGACCGGUCCCGCCCCAUAUAAAAAUCGGACGAAGGACUUUUUUGAAAGUCUAUUGUAGUGGGAGAGCAGCUUCAAGAAAAACUUCAGGAAGCGGUUUGUUGUUGAUUUUUCCAGGGAAGUGUCAAACUUUUAGAAAAUGUAUCGAGUAAAAGUUGGCUUGGCUCAAAAUGAAAACUGCCCGUCGCAAAUAACUAAAGAUGCUUUCUCGACAACAGAACGAUCAAACAGAGCAGAGCGUUCAAAAUAAAUUGUUCAUCUGUUGUUGGGUUUCGUUUGUAACCUUUUCCUGCUGUGUCACUAUUGUUGUCCCUUUUCUGGUAUGCAUCAACAUUGACAGCUUUGGUGUUAUAAUCUGUUAUAAUCUCAUCACGGGCAUCUACGCCACCAAAAAUCUUUUUCCCCUGUUUUCUCGAGAUGAAAAUCAGAGCAAGUUGAGGGUACGUUUUAAACUCCAAGUCGGCAACCCGUGAACCAAUUUGGCUGAAAUUUGGCCAGCUUACUGUCAGAUAGUUUUUCUAAAAAACCGUGUCUGCGAAUUUUGAUUUCUUUUUUCGUUUUCAAGUAAGAGUAUUUUUUUCACAGGUAGUGCUAAUGAUUUGCUAUCCAUAACUUCAACUGCUUAUAACAAAAGAACAAAACCACUUAACAAAAAUCUGAGGCACGGUUUUUUAGUCAAACGUGUUAAGAAGCGAAUGCGAUCUUAAUUGGCUUCUUCUGUUUAUUUUUGGCUGGCCUGGACUUAAAUUUACAGCGACACCCACUUUCACAAAAAGCUUCUCAUUUCUGAAUCGCGUUAAUAUUUUGAUUUUUUAAAAGGAAUAAGCAAUAAUCUGGAACUAUUAAGCUUUCAGAAAAUGUACGGUUUAUGGGGGUAUUUAGUAAAAGCAAAAGCGCUAGCGCCGAUCAACGCGGAGAGGGUGCUUAAGGGUGGAUGAUACCUUAAUCUUUAUCUUAAACAGCAAAAUUGCCCUUGUCUUCGAAACUGAAAUGCUAAAUUGAACUGCGAAUGAAGAAUCAUUGCGGAGAGUCAGUAGGUUUUUCAUUUAGAGCCGCUUUGUGGUUUCGGUGGCCGGUGACUUUGUUUAUGCGAAGUUGUCUGAGAUCAGUGUUAUAAUUCGACCUUCUUGCUAUUUUUACCGUCAAGUGUAAUGAUUCUGUUAGCUAUUCUUUCUUGUCUCCUUGUUUUUUUCUUUGUUAAGGACCAAAUAGCUUCUUUUCAAUUAAAGCAAAUCAUUGUGUUUUUGAACUAAGUGUUCCGUGUGUGUGUUUAUUUCAUUGCGUGAUUGUGACUGAGUUUGAUUAUAGAAUUUAGGACAACCGGUUCAGAGUUGUACUGCAUGCUGUUGAUAGUUUGAACAUUAAACAUGAAUUACGAUCAAAAAAAUAAAGCAGUUCUGUAUCAUGCAGACAUUUCCAAACGAGAUUUCUCGGUUUGUCACUUAAAAAUCGUGUCUUACUUUUUGCAUGAAUUAAAGCAAAGGUCAAGGAGUAGUGAUGUCACUGGACGGCAUUAACGGCCGGUCAAUUUAGACGUUACUGAGGGAGUAAUAACGACUCAAAGUAAUCUGAUGAAAUUCAGGCUAGUCAAUAAUGAAAAUUUAUCAAUAAUUAUAUCGGGGGCACCCAAUGACUGUUUUCUGCAAAAAAUCUGUUCGGAGACGGUAAAUUUUUUUUUGUUGCUUGCAGGUAGUCCCCUUCAGUUUGAAACCAGGCAAUUUAGCACAUUGAAGAAGGGCAGCAGGGAAACAAAAACAACAAAGUUAGGGGUACAGACAAGGGUGUUGUUUCAAAUUGAGUCAUGAAGUGUGUAGCUGAAUUUGGUGAACAAAACUGAGAUAUGUAUAACAUUACAAUUACCCUAAAUGGAAUAUCUGAGACAUAAUAAAAGAUCAAUUUUUUGCUUGAUCAAACUUUAGGUGGAGGAUUCACGAGAGAACAAGAUGUCUUUUACAGAUCAACAGUUGGAAGAAUGUGAUGCUUUUCCAGAGGAUGUCGAGUACAUAUUCAGACUGGACGUUAAGACUGGAGAAGUAACUCAUAAAGUAAGGCAAUAAACUUUAAUCUCUGAUAUAAUAAUAAUAGUAAUAAUAAUAACAAUAACCAUUACUAUCAUUACUAUUGUCUAUUUAGUUCUGAGCUCUGGCUGUUCUCAUGCCAACGUACAUUCCAAGGGAGCUAGUUGUAGUCAAUGACCACGGGUCCCUUAAGGACACUCUCCUGGUACUUUGAAGUCAAGCACCCUCCUCAGCAUCCUGGCUGUUCCUAAAAGCAUAGUUUUCUGUAGCAGUCUGAUCCUAACCCUGAUCCCCAGUUUUUUAACCAUUGUCCAAGUUUCUUCGUAACAUUUCCAAGGACCCCUACAACAACAGGUACCAUGUCCAUGUUUUUCACACCCCACAUUUCUCUAAUUUCUCUCGUCAAUUCCUGAUAUUUUCCAACUUUUUCCAAUUAUUAUUAUUAUUAUUAUUAUUAUUAUUAUUAUUAUUGUCCAACCCUCCAAGUUAAAGUUUUUGCUUAGUCGCUAUUUAGCAACCAACUCUUGGUUUAGGGAGACUUUUUUACAAAUUAUCAAGUCUCCAGCUCCAAAAUUUUAGGUGCCAUGGCAACCAAAAUGGUCGCAACUUGGAGGGUUAUUAUCAUGGAUAGCAAUGUAAUGUUUAUUGAAAUGUUGCCAGCUUCAAAGGUAUUAAAGGUUUGCAUCUCUAAUAUUUUUUCAAACUUUAUUUCACAUUAGGUUUGCCUAGCAAUUCACCAGUGGAUAUUCAAUGCCUCACUAGACCCAAACCUUCCUCCAGCUUUCUGUAUACGCCAUGAUGUUGAUGCUCUUCUCUGGCAACCCAAGUCUCACUCCAGCAAUGAGGACAACUGGGUGCACACUGGAACAUUUAAUGCGCUUGGUUACGUACAGGCAGCUAAACGUGAUCGAAAGUUCUCUACUUGUGCUCCAGAUAUGUCCUUUGCAACACUGUGUGAUUGUACCAGGCACGUGUACAUUUACCGACAACCUGAACAAGGAGCUAAGCAUGCCAGCCAACAUGUAGUGACACUGACAACUUCUGAUAAUGAAAUCCUGGGGCUUCAAGCCUCAAAUGGAAAAGUUUUUGUCUUGACUAAACAAAGUUUGCAUGUUAUUACUGUUAACUAAAAACAAAUUGUUUUAGGUAGCUUAGUAACUGAUAGGAAACGUCCAAUUCCCAGCCGUGAAGUUAAGUUGCAACUUAAGUAAGUUUCUUUUAUUUAAGGAAAAACAACAACAACAGCAACAAGACUCUUCUGGUCACUUUGUAAUACUUCUAUGGAAAGGAAACAAGAUUGACUUUCAAAAGCUGAAAUCUGAAGUUAGCAAGACAGAAACCAAUGGCCAUUUUAUUGCUAUGAUGCUGGGAACUUGUUGUUUUUUUUUAUAUAUCUUUUAUAUGAUAGAGUAGUAAAAAAUACAUGUUUAUAAAUAUACAUAUGACAAUAAAAUUGUCCAUAGCUAAUUGUUCAUGAAUGAUGAAAUGGAAACAAUGUUAAGAAAAUCAAGCAAGCCAUUGGGGAAGAGGCAGGGAGUAAGAUUUCAAAUACCUGGGGCCAAUUUAUUAAAACUUUUACAAAUGUAAUUUUGAAAGUCUGAAAACAAUAGCUACAGUUGUAAAUUAAACUUGUAAAAAAGUUUCAUUAAAUUGGCCCCUGGGCAGCUGAAUAUGUUCUAAGGAAAGAGACAUAAAUGUUUGCAAAGCACUGGCCUGCAGGGAUUUUGUUACCUCUGCGUCCCGGGUCCCUGACACAUAAAAAUCCCCAAAGAUGCAAAAUUAUUGUGGUAGGCAUCCUGUAGGAUGUAAAGAUCGAUUGAUCGAUCUGAAGAUGUUUUUGUACAAUAACAUUUGUGAUUUCUGUGGCUGUUCUUGUGGCCUUUGUUAAAUGAAUCUUAUUUCUUUUAGUCUUUGUUGUGCUUUACAAUAGAAGGAGU